AUGUCGGGCGUUCUCGGCGCUCUUUUUGCUGCGGCGGCAGCCAAGUCUCUCCCGCCGAGCAGACCAGACAACUUUCAACUGCGCCCUUUCCAUAUCGAUCUCUCCCACAAUGUACCUCGAAUGAUCGAGUUGGUGCGCAACUAUCGGCUGCCUGAAAAGCCUGAGUAUCCCGGUGUCGGUUCAUCUAUGGGGAUUGAUUUGGAUGUCCUGAAGAGCCUACGGAAGCAAUGGUUGUCUGACUUUGAUUGGAAGACGGAGCAAGACAAUCUAAACAAACUUCACCACUACACCGCCAAAAUCGAAGGUCUCGAUAUCCAUUUCGUCCACCACAAGUCAAACGAUCCAAACGCGAUUCCCCUCCUCCUAAACCACGGAUGGCCCGGCUCGUUUCUUGAAUUUAUCCCAAUCAUCGAACGCCUCACUAAGAAAACAAAGACAUCUACUGGAAAGCCCGUGUCCUUCGACAUCAUAAUUCCCUCCCUUCCAGGCUACGCAUUUUCUUCCGCGCCGCCCGAAGGCUGGACAGUCGAAGAUACAGCUCGAGUUUUCAACACAUUGAUGACCAAAGUGCUCGGAUACAAGAAAUUUGCCGUUCAUGGGACUGAUCUUGGUGCUCCAAUUGCAUACCAUCUUUAUGACGCGUUCAAUACCACGACACGAGCAGCACACUUUGUCUUUAUGCCCUUCUAUCCCCUAACCCCAGACAAGCUUGUAGAGUGGAACAUCACAUUGUCGCCAGAGGAAGAGUUUACGGAGCAGAACUUUGUUCGCUGGGCUACGACUGAAGCGGGAUAUUUUCAGGAACACUCUUACCAGCCCAACACUAUUGGCCUGGCUCUCUAUGAUAACCCCGUAGGCCAGCUUGCAUGGAUAGGAGAGAAGUUUAUCAACUGGUCGGAUCCUAGCGCAGGCACCUCGCCAUCGAUGCUAGACCAUGCUGAGAUCCUUCGAAGCGUUUCACUGUACUAUCUCACCAAAUCUUUUGUAUCCUCGGUGUAUAUGUAUGCGCAAAACUUGAACGGCUUCAAAACAGAGUAUACAAAAGCCCGAACCGAUGCACCGAUGCUAUUUAGCACUUUCAAGUACAACGUCGGAUUUUGGCCAAAAGAGCUGCUGGAGAAGCUGGGAAAUCUCGUGCAAUACCGAUUUCAUGGUUUCGGUGGUCAUUUCCCUGGUGUGGACAAUCCGCCAGCACUCGUCGAGGACCUGCGCGAGAUUGGCACGUAUUGGCAGGGUUAG